AUGGGUGCAAUAGUAUCACUACCUUUCCAAAUAGUCGGAACCUGGAUUGCCAGUUGUUGUGGCUCCAUGUUCUUCUCCUUAAUAUCCAAAUCGUUCUCAAGUAUUGGAUCAAGUUUCUCAACUCGUUUAAGUUAUGCAUUUUUAUUCCUCAUUAAUACAAUACUAUCAUGGGUUAUGCUUACGGAUUUUGCUAAAGGUAAACUAGAGAAAAUAUCAAGAUUUCAGUGUAUAGCUGAAGAUUGUGGUCUAGUUGCUGUUCACAGAAUAAAUUUUGCCCUUGGGUUAUUACACAUAAUAUUAGCUACAAUGUUGGUUGGGGUUAAUUCAACUGCAAACCCACGAUCAAAGAUUCAAAAUAAUUUUUGGGCUCCAAAGAUUUUGUUAUGGAUUAUUUUCGUUAUAGUAUCAUUCUUAAUACCUGAUAAGUUCUUUAUUGGCUGGUCAACUUAUGUCUCUGUGUUCUGUGGUGCUUUAUUCCUUUUCGUGGGGCUAAUUCUUCUAGUUGAUUUUGCUCAUGAAUGGGCUGAAACUUGUAUUGAACAUGUUGAAAAUGAAGAUGAAUAUUCAGGAGUAUGGAAAACAAUUUUAGUGUCGGGUACAUCAAUCAUGUACUUAGGUACUUUAGUCAUGAUUGUAUUGAUGUUUGUUUUCUUUUGUAAUGAUGGAUGCUCAAUGAAUAAGACUUCUGCUGCAAUAAAUUUAGUAUUGACAGUUUUGAUUACAUUUUUGUCUUUGAAUAGAACCAUCCAGGAAUACAAUCCAAAUUGUGGUCUUGCACAAGCUGCAAUUGUUUCGGUAUAUUGUACUUAUUUGACAUUGAGUGCUUUUGCUUCAGAGCCAGAUGAUAAAUUAUGCAAUCCAUUAAUUAGAUCAAAAGGUACUAGAACAGCUAGUGUUGUUUUGGGUGCUAUUUUCACAUUUGUUGCAAUUGCUUACACAACGACUAGAGCUGCUGCUAAUUCUGCAUUUAAUGGUGGAAAUGGAGGUGGUGCUAUUGCUAUUAAUUAUGAUGAUCCAGUUGAUACAGAACCAAUCGUCACAAGUCAACCAUCUGCUAGAAAUGAAAUGAGAUUACAAGCUAUCAGAGAAGCAGUAGCAGUCGGUACAUUACCUGAAAGCGCAUUACAUGAUCAAAGUUGGUUAUACGAUGAUGCUGAUGAAGAAGAUGAAGAAAGAGUUACAACAAAAUAUAAUUAUGCUUUAUUCCAUGUUAUUUUCUUUUUGGCUACACAAUGGGUUGCUGUUUUGUUAACAAUGAAUGUUAAUCAAUCUGAUUUCGGUGAUUUCGUUCCAGUUGGAAGAACAUAUUUCUAUUCAUGGGUCAAAAUUGUUAGUGCUUGGAUUUGUUAUAUGAUUUAUGGCUGGUCACUGAUUGCUCCAGUAUUAAUGCCAGAAAGAUUUGGAUUUUAA